CCUCUUCAGAGAAAGAAGAGCCGAGCUAGAAAUCAGACUAUUAAAGCCAGGCAGGCAGACAGCAUGGCAUAGCUGCUGCACUGUCUUCGGCUGUGUGUGGAGUCCCCUUUUGCACCAAGAAGGCUGCCCCUGGUCCCUGCGAGCUGUGACAUCUGGCCUUUUCCAGAAACAACCUAUCUGGGAGGUAGGAGGUAGGAUCAAGACAGUGCGUCCAGAACCCAAGGCAGAGAUCCUCCAGCGCCCUUCUGGCUGCCUCGCCCCACCCCUUCAACUCUGUUUUUUCUGCUUUGCUGACUAAGGUCCUUGCUGGAUGCCCCACUCUAACCUGCAUCCAUCCAUCCCGCGGCCCCGGGGUUACGGGGCCCAGAAGGCAGCCUUGGUCCUGCUGGUUAUCUGCAUGGCAGCCCUUUGGGGACUGGGGGAGCUGCAAGGACACACUUUCUGGAAGCUGGUGCACUACCUGGCUUCCCUGCAGCUGGGACUGCUAUUCAAGGGGAUGUGCAGUAUGGCUGAGGAGCUGUGUCACAUCCACUCCAGGUACCAGGGCAGCUAUUGGAAGGCCAUUUGGGCCUGCGUGGGCUGCCCCUUUCGCUGCGGGACCCUGCUGCUGUUGUCUUGCUGUUUCUACUUCUUCAACCCAAAGGAGGUUGGCAUGUCCUUUGCUUGGAUGCUUGCCUUCAUGGGUCUCUCACGGUCACUGGACAUCCUUCUGAGGCUCCAGGAACUGCCCCCAGCUGAGGUCUCUGCAGUCUGUGAAAAAGGGAACUUCAACGUGGCACAUGGGCUGGCAUGGUCAUUUUAUAUCGGGUACCUGAGGCUGAUCCUGCCAGGGCUCAAGGCCCGGAUCCAAACUUACAACCGACUCCACAACAACAUCCUGCGGGGUGCAGGGAGCCGUCGACUGUACAUCCUCUUCCCAUUGGACUGUGGGGUGCCUGAUGACCUGAGUGUAGCCGACCCCAACAUUUGCUUCCUGCAUGAGCUCCCCAGGCAAAACACUGACCGUGCUGGCGUCAAGGGCCGGGUUUACUCCAACAGCGUCUAUGAGAUUCUGGAGAAUGGGCAGCGGGCCGGCACCUGUGUCCUAGAGUACGCCACCCCCUUGCAGACCCUGUUUGCCAUGUCACAGGAUAGCAGAGCUGGCUUUAGCCGGGAGGAUCGACUGGAGCAGGCCAAACUCUUUUGCCGGACACUUGAGGACAUCCUGGCAGAGGCCCCUGAGUCUCAGAAUAACUGCCGCCUCAUUGUCUACCAGGAAUCUUCAGAGGGGAGCAACUUCUCACUGUCUCAGGAGAUUCUCCGGCACCUGAGGCAGGAGGAAAGGGAGGAGGUUUCUGUGGGCAGCAUAGAGGCCCCAGCGGUGCCUCCUGCCUCCACGCUGUCCCAAGAGCCUGAGCUCCUCAUCAGUGGCAUGGACAUGCCCCUCCCGCUCCGCACGGAUAUGUUCUGAGGCUCAUCUUGCCUGAGCACGAGCGAUCCCUAAGACUCCUUCAGUGUCUGGAUGUCCACGUCCUCCCACAGCGGGCCAUUCAGACAAGGUUCCUGGAGUUGACAUGACAAAAUGAAUCCCACGAUCUGGGGCAACUUGUUUUACCCCUUGGAGCCUCAGUAUCCUCAUCAAUGGAAUGGGAUUAUAAUCAUUACCUUACCUACCUGACAAGGCUGUUGUGAGGACAAUGACUAUAAGUGUAAGGUUUUGUGAAUUCUAAAAAAAAUCAGGUAAGCGGGGCCUCCCCGGUGGCGCAGCGGUUGAGCGCUGGGUUGCGAAGCUGCCUGCGGCCUCUGUGGCGCCGGUUCGAUCCCCGGCCACCGGAGGAGGGUCCCACAUAGCGCGCAGACCUCUCCUGCUGCCCGCUGCUCCCCUUCGGUCCUUCUGCCUGCUCUGCUCCCCACUCUGGCUCUGGUGAAUUCCCUCACCCUCCCGUGCUUCUGACUGUACCCAGUGCAUAUAUAAACAAACAAACAAACAAAUAAGUAAAAAAAAAAAAAAAA